CUACGGGCAGCACGUCCAGCACUUCAAGGUGCUCAGGCAGAGGAACGGCAAAUACUUCCUUUGGGAGGAAAAAUUCAACUCCCUCAACGAGCUGGUGGAUUUCUACAGGACGACCACCAUCGCCAAAAAGCAGCAGAUCUUCCUCCGGGACGAGGACCAGACCCAGGAGGUGAGGAGACCCAAAUUCGUACAAGCCCAGUUCGAUUUCUCCGCCCAUGACGGCUCCCAGCUGCCCUUCCUCCGCGGGGACAUCAUCGAGGUCCUGGACUGCCCGGACCCCAACUGGUGGCAGGGGAAGAUCUACGGGCGCGUCGGCCUCUUCCCCCGCAACUACGUCCACCCCAUCCACAAGUGA